GUUCAUGCUCCCUCUCUCAUUGACUUUUCUUGGCAGCCAAGAUGAUGAGAUGGCAAAUGGCAGACCAGUGGCUUCUGGAAAAAUGUAUCGCUGGAGUCAGAGGGAUAUGGCGUUUCUGCUCCUACCUCGUGGACAGUGCAGGUGAAGAGCUGCUGGAUUUCUGGAUCCUUGCUGAGAAGAUCCUGAGCAUAGACGAGACAGAUGUUGAAGUGAGAGACUACUACCUGUCCCUCCUGCUGGUGCUCAAGGCCACUCAUCUGCAGGAAAGCUCCCGAGUGGUGACUCUCUGCAACAUGGACAUCAAGUCCCUCCUGAACCUCUCCAUCUGGCAUCCCAACCAGUCCACCACCAGAAGGGAGAUCCUAAGCCACAUGCAGAAAGUGGCCCUCUUCAAAAUCCAGAGCUACUGGCUCCCCAACUUUUACACCCAUGCCAAGAUGACAAUGGCCAACGAGGAAGCAUGUCAUGGCCUGAUGCAGGAAUAUGAGACCCGCCUGUGCAGUGUUUGCUGCACACACGAAGGUGGGCUCCCUUUAAAUAUGAGCAUCAAGAAAUCCCGCCACGCCCAAAGGAAGUACUCAAGCAAGAAGGCCAAGAGGAAGCUGUGGCAGUUAAUUGAUCCUGUCUUAUGGUCUCUGGAAACAGACCCCAAGCCAGAAGUCUCCACGAAGGCCCAACAAGAAACGAGUCGUCCAGAAAAGGUAAUUUUACAAAAGCCUUCUCUGGAAGUAGAUUCUUCAAAGGAGUCAAUAAGCCAUUCCCUGAACAAGGAUACUCAGUCUGCCAAAAAACCCAUUGUGAAGAAGAAAUCCAAGCUCCAGCUCCACAUGGAGGGUAUCUUUGAGUCAACGUUCUCCAACUACCUGAGAAUAUCCACUCCUGUCAUCAAUCACACUGCCCCGCUGGCAGUCAAGAAGUCCCUCAAGCGAGGCAUCUCCUUUGGGUACACUCACUGGGCCCUGACUGCUGACGCCUGUGCAGGGAGUCCCUUCCGCUAUUACCUGAAGAAGCUGAACUUGAAGGUGGAGGUGCAACUCCUGGACCUCUGGCAGGACCUGCAGCAUUUCCUCGGUGUUCUGACGAGUAACAGGAAGAAUGGGAACGCGCUCUUCCGUCACAUGCUGGGUAACAGAAUCUGUGAGCUCUACUUGAAUGAGCAUAUUGGGCCACCCUUACCACUAAAACCUCAGAUCAUUCAGGGCCUAAAGAAACUCCUGCCUUCUGGGGAUGUGAACCCCUGGAUCCCUAAAGCCCAGAAGGAAAUCUGCAAGGUGCUCUGUCCCUGGUACGAUGAAUUCCUGAAAGAAGAGGACUACUGGUUUCUCGUUUUCACAACUCAAGCACGCUUCAUCAAAACCCGCUGGUAUAAAAAAGAAGCCACAAGCAAAGAAGAGAGCAUUCUUCUUUAUAAGAGGAUUCAGCAAUCUCUGGUGUUAAGCCAGGGUUUGGCUAACUUGCAGGAAAUGGAGUCUUUGCAGUGGCAAAAGGUGGCUACUGAGAGCCUGAAGCAGGGCGGCUCUCUCCAGGUAGAACUGACGACGUCUCCGAUCUUCAUAGAUGAUGUAAACAAAAUGUCCUUUGAGGAGCUUGCCUAUAAGAAUCCAAAGUUGGCCAUAGAAAAGAUCAGUGAAGAUUACAAAAUAUACUGCGAAAAGGCACCUGCAAAAGGGUUUACAGUGGCAAUUGUCAAGCAGCCAAAACAGGCAACCACACAAAGGAAACAAUCCUUUAAGAAAGCUGUCAUAAGGAAGCCUUCCCUGAGACCAAGGAACAUGACGGAAGUCCUCCUAAAUACCCCACACCUGGAGCACUUCCGGGAGUUCCUCAAAGAGCGGAAGGCUGAAGCCCCGUUGCUGUUCCUGUUAGCCGUACAGAAGAUCAUGUUGGAGACCAAUGAUAAAGCUUAUAAGACUGGUUUGGAAAGUAUAGUCAAGACUUACUUCCACAGCAAGAUCCCUCCUGAGGAACUGCUGCAAUGUGAUACUCCGCUUAUCAAAGAAAUUGCUCACAUGCGUCACAUCACCACCACCACACUGCUGAUGCUCCAGAGCAAUGUGAUGAAAUCUCUGGAAGAAAAGUGGUUGAAAGAGUACCAAGACCUGUUCCCACCGCGUCCUUUGGAGGCGGAACUUGAAACACAGUCUCUCCCUAGGAAGCCCUCCAGGCAAAUGGCACACAUACAGGAAUUCCAGAGAAAAGGAUGGGUGAAAAUGAUGAGCUUCAUCAGGAGCUUUUGCAGUUACCGAAGAUUCGUCACAAAUCCCAAGAAACGCCAACAGUUUAUAGAUUUCAUCCACCUGGAAAUGUACAACACCAAGGAGAAUUUCCCUGCAUCACCUACCAACACAUCAGUACGUCACACCCCGGUAUCCCCUAGUGUCCGGAGCACAGAACAAGAAAAUGGAGAUAUGAUCAUCAUGAAACGCCGGAUAUUUGGCCACAGAAUCAUCACUAUCAAUUUUGCCGUUAAUGAUCUAUAUUUCUUUUCUGAAAUGGAGAGAUUUAACGACCUGGUGACUUCAGCUCAUGUGCUGCAGGUCAACAGAACAUACAACGAGAAUGACAUUAUCCUGCUGCGGUCUAAAGUGAACAUUAUUCUAAAGCUUUACCUGAUUUCUGAUGUCCCUCCAAAGCUGAGGGUGAACAUCUCUGAGUCUCAGAAGGAUAUCAUUCUUGCUGCCGUUACAGAAGGCCACCUAGACCGGACCAUCUUCCAUGGGGCUAUCAUGUCCAUCUUCCCUGUCAUUAUGUACUUCUGGAAAAGGUUUUGUGUCUGGAGGGCAACACGCUCUUAUGUGGAGUACAUGGGGAAGAAGUUUAAGGAUGGAAGAACUCCUAUCAAGUCUACAUACAAAUACCCACCAUGGAGUGGAGGUGAACAUGCUGUCUUAAGGUUCACCUUGCUCAGAGGUGUCGAAUGGUUUCGACCUCAACAGACGCGGGACGUAUUGACAAAUUCAAUCCAAAACUGUGAGUUGGAGCUUCACUGACUGCACAAGUUCUCUGGCCAAUUGGAUUGGGCUUCAGAGUCCAAAUCAGCCCGUUCUCUUAUUACCUGUAAAAAGACUAAGGUCCGGACUUUGGGAGCCCAUUCCACAUAGAGGAAUAGUCCCUGAGCCAAGACACACGGGGGUGGGCCUAGGCCCUAUCCCAAAG